AUGAACAUGACCGACAAGACCAGCGAGGAGUUUGCUCUCCCCCAAGAAUCUAUAGAAAAGCCCGCCGGGGGGCCAUCUCCACCACCGAACGGCGGUACUUUAGCAUGGCUCAAUGUACUGGGUAGUUUCUUUCUUUACUUCAAUACCUGGGGAAUCUCAAACACUUUUGGCGCGUACCAAACCUACUAUGAGUCCGGGGCUCUCUUCCACUCGAGCUCGUCCGAGAUCUCCUGGGUGGGCUCAAUUGCCGCAUUCUUGCUGUUAUUUGUUGGACUUUUUGUCGGACCAAUCUAUGACCGCGGUUACCUCCGAACACUUCUCAUUGUGGGCUCUCUCAUGGUUGUUUUCGGACACAUGAUGCUGAGUCUGUGCUCCGAAUUCUGGCAGGUUGUGUUGGCGCAAGGAUUCGUCGUCGGAAUCGGAACAGGUUGCCUAUUUGUUCCAUGUGUCGCCAUCAUUCCUCAAUACUUCACGACUAAGAUGGGUGCUGCAAUGGGCGCAGCCGCUUCAGGGUCCGCACUUGGCGGUAUCAUCUACCCCAUCGUUCUGUACCGACUCAUCGACCAAAUCGGCUUCCCCUGGGCAGUGCGCGUUAUCGGAUUCAUUGCAAUGGGCACACUUCUCGUUCCAAUUAGCAUCAUGCGUCUGCGUGUGCAGCCACCCAAGGUGCGCGCCAUGAUCGACCCCACCGCGUUCAAGGACCCGGCUUACCUGGCUUUCGUGUUCACCUCGCUCAUUGCUUACAUGGGGCUGUUUGUUAUUCUGUUUUACCUCUCCUUCUUCGCAGAGGCAACUCGCAUCACAGAUAGCAGUCUAGCCUUCUACUUGGUACCCAUCUUCAACGCAGCUUCGGUCUUUGGUCGUACAAUCCCGAACAAGCUCGCCGACCGUUUUGGCCCCUUUAACCUUCUCGUUCCCGCUGCCCUAUCCUCGGGGUUGUUGAUGCUCUGCAUGAUGGCAGUGCAUUCAAAAGCUGCAGUCAUUGUUAUGGCAGUGCUAUCUGGCUUCAUGAGUGGCGCGCUGAUCGGACUGCCGCCUAUGUGUCUGGCCAUUCUGACGGCGGACAAGUCGAAGUUAGGCACCCGUGUUGGCAUGGGGUACGCAAUUAUCGCACUGGGUGUGCUGGCUAGUGGUCCUAGCAGUGGUGCAAUUCUCAGGAACGGUGGAGCAUCGCUUGACUGGCAUGGUUUGUGGGUGUUCGGUGGCGUUCCUACCUGCGUGUCGGGACUAGGCUACGCGGCAAUUAGGGUCUUCAAGUAUGGGCCAAAGCUGAAUAUCAAGGCUUGA